AUGCGACCUACCACAACAAACGAAAAAAGGCGAAUUGCGAAAGACCUUUUCAGCGCCGAAGAAAAGCUUCACUCAUCCAAUCCAGAGGCUGUAACUGACCAGGAGCGUGCUAUCAAUGUCGCUGUGCAUAUCACGUUGAUGAUUGAUUGCUCUGAUAAAGAUCGUCAUUAUGAAGGCUAUGAGAUCGGCGGCUUCCGGCCAGUCAGUUGGGAUAGCUCAGAGCAGUUCGCCGAUUUUGUUAAGAAAGUCUUUCCAAUGGACGUUCACGAUCAAGAGAAAGUUCGAACGGCAUUGAAAGAGAAAAAUUCUUUGAAAUGCUGGAAAUUAAGGAAGCGAGCACAUAUCAAAUUCGUUUCAACGGACAACAUAGCAGAGCACCUUCUAUACGACCCCCAAGAUAACGUCGUUCGCCUCUUCCGCCAAACAGCAUUUCUAAAAGCUCAUCUCCGACUUUCAGCUAGCCAGCCUAUUCAGCUCGGAAUCGCUGAAAGUCUCAAAUUGGGGACAUUACCACCACAAUUGCUCCUAGAGACAUUGCAUUCCUUGCAAUGUAUACUGUUCCCUCCAACUGAUGAAAAAUCGUCUCGAUUUCUGGAGAACAUCAUUCAAGAAGCCGAAGCCAGUUUUGACCCAGAUUGCCUGCUUUAUGAAGGAUACAAUAGACCGGUACCGGAAAACUUUGAAUACUAUUACUGGGGUGAUUGGCUUGCUAAGUUGAAUCAUCUUGUGACACACCCAAGAUCGAGCCAUCGUAUUGGCCAGUGGAUACAAAGGAAUGCUUCCGAGAGGAAUGCCUUGUUUGUAGCAAUUUUGUCCCUUGUUCUAUCAGCGUUUUUUGGUUUCUUAAGCGUUAUUUUGGGAAUAUUUCAGGCAUGGGUGGCGUAUAUGUCUUGGAAAGCGCAGGUGAACGCUCCGCAAGCUCCGUGA